CAUCCUGAUGCUGACGAAGCAGAGAAGAGUCUCUCCAGAUCAGAACACCAGAUGGACAACGGUAGCCCUUCCACCAUCCCGGAGUCCCCGUGUCGUGCCUCUCCUGGUAGCACCUUACUGCUGGGUAUGAAGAGGUUGUCUGUGCUGCUGGUGGACUGCAGGAAAACAACGAGGCUGAGUGGAACUGUGAAAGGAGGAGAAGAGAAGAAAGGAUCAGAUUUGACUCAUCAAAAAGAGAGACCCGACUCGGAGGAACCAGAGACGUCUGAACCAGCGAGACGACACCACUGUUCCCAGUGUGGAAAGAGUUAUACCCGUUUAUGGAGCCUGAAAAACCACAAGAGAACACAUGCAGAGAGGAAGUCUUACAACUGUUCCCAGUGUGCAAAGAGUUUUAACCAUUUAGGGAAUCUUAAAAACCACAAGAGAACACAUGCAGAGAGGAAGUCUUACAACUGCUCUCAGUGUGCAAAGAGUUUUACUCAUUUAUGUAACCUAAAAUCGCACGAGAGACGACACACAGGAGAUAAGCCUUACCAAUGCUCUCAGUGUGGUAAGAGAUUUAUUGAGUCAACAGAACUGAAAGUUCAUAAGAGAAUACACACAGGGGAAAAACCAUUCCAAUGCUCUCAGUGUGUAAAGACAUUUUCCCGACCAGGGGACCUGAAAUCUCAUGAGAGAAUACACACAGGGGAAAAGCCGUACCACUGUUCCCAUUGUGAAAAGAGUUUCGGCUGGUCAGGGACACUGAAAGAGCAUGAGAGAAUGCACACAGGAGAAAAGCCAUUCCAAUGCUCACAGUGUGGAAAGGGUUUUAGCCAGUUACGGUACCUGAAAACGCACGAGAUGAUUCACACAGGAGAGAAGCCUUUCCAGUGCACUCAGUGUGGAAAGAGUUUUAUCCUGUUAGUAAACCUGAAAUCACAUGAGAGAAUACACACAGGGGAAAAGCCAUACCAUUGUUCCCAUUGUGAAAAGAGUUUCAGCUGGUCAGGGACACUGAAAGAGCAUGAGAGGACACACACAGGAGAAAAGCCAUUCCAAUGCUCUCAAUGUGGAAAGGGUUUUACCCAGUCAGGGAGCCUGAAAAUGCAUGAGAGAAUGCAUACAGGGGAAAAGCCUUUCCAUUGCUCCCAAUGUGGAAAGAGUUUUACCCAAUUAAGGAGCCUGAAAAGUCAUGUGGUGACACACAAAGGAGGGUAGCCUCACCUCUGCUCCCAGUGUGGAAAGAGUUUUACCCAAUUAAGGAGCCUGAAAAGUCAUGUGGUGACACACAAAGGAGGGUAGCCUCACCUCUGCUCCCAAUGUGGAAAGGGUUUUACCCAAUUAAGGAGCCUGAAAAGUCAUGUGGUGACACACAAAGGAGGGUAGCCUCACCUCUGCUCCCAGUGUGGAAAGAGUUUUACCCAAUUAAGGAGCCUGAAAAGUCAUGUGGUGACACACAAAGGAGGGUAGCCUCACCUCUGCUCCCAAUGUGGAAAGGGUUUUACCCAAUUAAGGAGCCUGAAAAGUCAUGUGGUGACACACAAAGGAGGGUAGCCUCACCUCUGCUCCCAAUGUGGAAAGAGUUUUACCCAAUUAAGGAGCCUGAAAAGUCAUGUGGUGACACACAAAGGAGGGUAGCCUCACCUCUGCUCCCAGUGUGGAAAGAGUUUUACCCAAUUAAGGAGCCUGAAAAGUCAUGUGGUGACACACAAAGGAGGGUAGCCUCACCUCUGCUCCCAGUGUGGAAAGAGUUUUACCCAAUUAAGGAGCCUGAAAAGUCAUGUGGUGACACACAAAGGAGGGUAGCCUCACCUCUGCUCCCAAUGUGGAAAGAGUUUUACCCAAUUAAGGAGCCUGAAAAGUCAUGUGGUGACACACAAAGGAGGGUAGCCUCACCUCUGCUCCCAGUGUGGAAAGAG